AUGAAUUACUCGCUAAACGAAACACAAAUUUCCAAUGGCCUGUUGAACCGCGAAGUUGAAAUUCUCCGCAAUCGCUUUUUUGUCAUUUGCCUUAUCUCCGCUUUCUAUCUUUGUUGUCUAUCAGUUCUGACGACUCUUUCGAACUGUGCACUGUUGGUAGUCCUUUAUGAAGACCCAUUCAAGACAUUUCGUCAUCCUCCAAACGUUUUCAUCUUCGGAUUAGCUCUGGCGGAUUUUUUCACCGGAAUCGCAGUGGAUCCACUAUUUGCGUAUUUUUACUUUAAACUCUACAAAGAUACAUUCAACGACGAAGAUUACAACCGCACUUUAAAACUGGCUGGUUUCCUGUCUGGUAUAACAAUGAACGUGUCUUGUCUAACAAUUUUGUCUCUCUCUUGGAUGCAGUUUAUUGCAAUUACGUUUCCACACCGCCACAAACAGCUUGUUACGACGAAAAGGGUAGUAGCUUGCGUUUGCGUUAUAUGGGUUUACUCGCUGCUAUUCUCCUGCUCGUUUUUACUGGGCAUUCCAGAGAAAAUUAUCCAAAAGAUAGACGUAUUUUUUAAUCUGUCCUUCAUAAAUUUUCUCGUCUUCCUCUCGUAUAUUGCGCUACACAUUUCGUACCGUCGUCAAGUUGCUCGUUUAUCUCCGUGGCAGAUCGAUGGCACUUCAGAAUAUCGAAGAAAACGAGACCAGAAACAUUUUGUUGUGGUAAGCUUACUUCUUGCUACAUGUCUACUGAUUUUUGUCGUUCCUGUGACUGUUAUGUGGUAUUUGACGCUUUACUGGAGACCAGAGACUUACGAAGCACAAAUCAAGGCUACAAUGGCGAAUAUUACUAUAGACACGACUCUAUUUCUCAAGUACCUCAUUGAUCCGUUUAUCUACGCUUGGCGACUUCCUAAAUUUAGGCAGGCAAUGAAAGCAAUUUUUUUGAAGAAACGUCGGACGUCCUCCACUGGAGCUGUGAAUUUAACUUUGUACAAUUUAAACAUUCAUCCAUCUUCUAGUAAAGUCAGCUGACAUAUUUGCAGGUUUUAAGGGUUCUUUUGUUUUCGAAACAAGAAUGAUCAGUUUUAAGAGAUUUUGACUUCGGUUCUCAAAUCAAUUCAAUGACAAUUUAAAACCGAGAUAUUUCUGUUCCAAUAAAAUAACACAGCCAUUUCAAUUUAAUGUCAGCUAUUAUCCUUGAAGAUGUAAACUUUUCCGUCAAAUUUGCGCAACAUUGGCUGUCAAACAAAGUUAUCUUUUCAGAUGUAGACCAAAGAAUCGUUGGCGACAAUUCCACCAAACAUAGGUAAACCAAACAUUGGUUUUUUUUUUUAAUAAAAAGAUAUUUCACCUAUUUCUGCUUAUGUGUACAACAUUAAACAUCGCUAUUGCGGCUAUUAACCUUUUUUUUUCUUUAUGGAGCCAGGUGAAAAAUUCGAGCACAUACACUGACUGAACUCAUAAAAUUUCAACACAAAUGUUUGCAGCUGAAAGCUCGAUUUAUCGAGAUUUGUUUACCUUUAAGAGCAGCUAUUAAACAGUUUUUGUCACAUUUUACAAAGGCUUACAACUAUCACUGAUUGCGAAAGGGGAAAACUGUUCAAUUAAAAAAUUUGUCUGGCUUCAAUCCUAGCCUGAUCUAAAUUUUGAAAGCUUUAUUUAGAUAUCGCGGUAAAAUUACUUGCAGCAUCUCUCUGAAAAUUGAUAGUACCUUUGCCUUACCGUAUCGUAAGCAUAUGUUUCAAAACUUUGGCAGCCACGUUUAACAUAGCUUAUGUUGACAUUGUUUAAGGCGAUUGUGAAAUUUGAUCAAUAGCUUGGUAUUUUGUGCUUUUUCUUUUUCUUCGCUGGAAUGAAACAUGCGAAAAUCGCGAGGAGUGUAAAAGCCUGAGAAUGCAUUGAGUUAAAUUCUGAGAAAAUACCAUUGAAAAGUUCUGAAUUGCAGACAUAUGAAAGAGAAAAUUAAGGUUUUUUCCCAGUCAAGGAAUAUCAUCUCAACUCUAAUUGUCGUCUAUAUUGAAAAUUUACAUUCAGAUCGCUUAUUAAAUACUAACAUCAAUAUCGACUGUUCUAGUCUCGUGAAAGGGAAAGAUCAGAGUUGGUGAUCAGAAUCGCAUUUUAUAAUCUUCUUAAGCCUGACGUCGCUGGGAAAAUGAGAAAAUCAACUAAGACAUUUAAUGAUAUCAGAAAGAGGGAGAGAGAGAUCCUCGUGUUUAAACCCGAGAAGACAAAAACGGACUUAAGCGUGAUAAAAUCAAAAUUGUUUUAAUAAGGGAAGAGCAUUGAUAAAUGAAGCUUUGCUAAAGAGGCCAACGAGAAGACAAUCGAAGCUGUUAAAUUAAUGUAAACGAAAGUUCGUUUUUGUCCAUUGGUUAAGAAAUGCAGCACCACUACUCAUUUCGGGAGGAAAUUGAUUUUCCAGAGAACUCUGUUAAAACGCUGUUUGACUUCCGUUUACAUAAGAAGCACAAUUUGACAGGUGAGUAAAUUUUAAAAAAUGGAUAUUAAUUACUUUCUCAGCGCGACUUCAUUUCCAGCUCUGUUUCAGUAGAUCGAGCUUCAAAAUGGCGUUGAAAAUUGAGACUAGUAAAUAUUACAUAGGAAAUUAUAACAGCAAUCAUAAAAACAACCUUUAUUUGACAAAAUCACAAAGUUUAGUUUAGCAAGUGUUGUCUGAGCUAACAAUAUUUCAGACAUAGACCUAAAUGAGGUAGAUAUUAUGCUACUCUUAUUUAGAUCUGUUGAUAAAAUCAAUUUAGGAUGACUUCAUCUUCGGUAAUAUAAGUUAUUUUGCUAUGAUAUUUUCAGGGAGAAGUUUUUUGAACAAUGAACUUCCUCACUGUGAAAUCAAGAUGUUCAGUCGAUUACUAAUAGUUUGACUAUUCAAGAUGUAUUGAAAAGAUUCAAAGGUUUACGAACUGCUCAACAGUAUCGAGGGCUCAUAUCUAUGCAAAGAGAAGGUUGAGGACACGGAGAAUCUCGCAGUGGAAAUUAUUUGUGUUAAGUUCAGACAAUUUGAUUUUAAAUCAAGGUAUCAACCCCACUAACUAAUCAUUUAGUUUCUCCACUCUCACAACCAGUUGGUCAAAUGACGCAUCGCCAUUGUAAGGAGAAAAUAGGUUUUUAUCAUCUCUGGAAUUUAAAUAAGUACUUCCCUACGAUAAAAUAAAUCGUCUUAAUGAGGCGAAAUUGGCAAAGUAAAGACAAUGGCGGACAAUCGACCACCUGCAUUCCCUACCUGCAUUUCGGUUUAAGAGCAAAGCCACCAGAAACCUUGUGGGUAGUGCAACAGGUCACUUUGGAUUCAAACCAGUCAUGAAAAAUUAUUUGCAAAUCACAUAGAUGGAAUCUAACUUUUCUACUGGAAUUUAGCGAGAAAUUUUUGAGGUAUGUACGCAAACUACAGUCACAAGUGUUUUUGGAGAGUUCACCAUAUUUUAAGACAACUUUUAAUUCUAGUAUUGAAACUGUGUGUCUUUCAACGAAAUUUGAACCAAGCUAUCAUUGAGCCGAUCGCUUUGAAUUUUCUGGUCGCGAUUAACGGUUCGAUUCAAUUUUGGUUGUAAAUAGCAGGAGAUCUUCUUUGUAUCUAUGAUCUAUUAGUAUCGUGUUAUGUGUGUUAGCCUCAAACCUAAUGCUAGUUGGUAUUUAGGACACCAGAACGAGAGGUCUGGGUUCGAACUGUAAGCGGGAGUUCUGCUUUGUUCCUAGAAACGACUCUUAAGUGAAAGGAGACUCAAUGCUCCACUUGUCUCAGCUCAGGAGUACAAAUCAGUAUGGGAAUUCACUGUCAGAGUCAAGACCUAAUUAGUUUCCUUGAACUUGAUAGUAACUUCUGCUAACGGUUUUGAAAUCUCCACAGUCUUUGAAGGCUACAGUCGGCAUAUGCCGGCUGCCCUCCUUCGAAGGAUCUGACCACAAGAUUCACUGUUAUUCCCAGAUGCAAAUUUAUCAUAUUUUUCUGAGAGGUGAUUUUAAACUUUUCAUGUUGUUUGGGUUUGUUUUUCCAUUCAGAGGAAUGCUUCACACCACAUGUUGCAUUCCUGUUCAAGGAUUUCUCCUGAGACGAUUGCCGUUAUGUCUUGCAUGCACUGUUGCUAUGGUUAUUUUGGCAAUUUACUCAGGUAAGGGAAUUGUCAUGCAGAGGCAUUUAGCCACCACAAAGUCAACGGUAGUGCAGAAACUUCAUUCCAUGGUUAAGACAUUAGACAUAGAGAAAUGAUGUGGUGUACAUGAUGUAAAAGAUCUAGCAAUUUUCGAACUGUCUACAGCCUUACAUAAUUAGUAUUGGAAAAUGCCUUGAAACUUCAAAUCAUGUCCCUAAAAAAAAUAUCCGAAUCAGCUUCCCUUUUCCCAUUCUUUCGAGUUCAGGUUUCUUAUCGGACUGUGUAAAACGUAUCAUCUCAAAUAUAAUCCUAGUAGAUUUUUAAGUGAAUAAUUUGCACCAGUGUGUGAAAGUUAUCCUAACCUUUUGGCUCCCACGAUCUGAUCAUUAAUUCUCUCUUCUAGCUGCUGUACAUUUCCCUUUCAAUUAGUUACAAGACGUUAAUGUUUGAAUAUUCUCUUUACCUGUUUGCUGGAGAAUGUAUGAAUUUUACAGGGAGAAGUUACAUGUUGAUCUUUUCUGGGAGUUUGGGGGUUAACGUGCGAAGGCUCCGCGCUGUUUGAAACGACAGUGCACCAUUAUAAAGUUUCCGUACAUCGAGUUGCAGAUCUGAGAAAAAAACCUGUCUCAUUUAUUUUUUCCUUCUUAUAUGCCAGGUUACAGUUGCACAAGAAGUCGUAACAUGGAACAAUCGAGCAGUCAACGAUCUUUUAGCAAAGCACUAUCAAAUGAAAGCCCUCGAAUGAAUAUGGAGAACGACGGCCCUUGCUUAAAGGAUGCCUUUAAAGAAAUUUUACUCGUUAUUGCUUACAACUAUCCACUUUAUGACAGUAUUCCUCAUCUAGCGGCUCUUUACAGACCAGCCUUUCCUCAUUUGUUAUUCUGUGGUCCUCCUCAUAAUACAACACGUUCUGGAAUUUUAAUUGUCGAUGUUUACAGAGGUAUUUUAGGAUAUGAGUGUCUUGGUAGGGCAAUAAGGGAACAUCCGGGAUACAAGGGGUAUUUUUAUAUAAACGAUGACGUCAUACUUAAUUAUUGGAAUUUCCUGGAUUUUGACAGAGGAAAAAUUUGGGAAUCUUCGUUCUCGUUUGGUUCUACGCCUAUUUAUGAGCCUGCGAACAGUAACUGGUACUGGUGGAUAUCUCCGUACGGCUUGAACAAUUGCCGAAGAGCUUGCGAAGACGUGGCGAACAUGAACUCGGGGCCGAAAAAACUCAACGUAAAAUAUCACAUAAGCGCUCUCUUUAAGAACAGUAACGGGACGUUACGAUGUUUCAGUGGCCGCUCUGAUAUUCUGUACAUUCCUUACAAACACGCCAAAGCAUUUUCAAUACUUUCAGAGAUUUUCUACGAAAGAAAAGUUUUUCUGGAAAUUGCCAUUCCAACUAUGAUUCGUUUCCUGGAAAGAAAUGACAAUAUCGGUCGACUCCCGGGCUACUAUAUUCCAGGAGAUGUACGCAAAGGUGACCCGCGAGUCACUGAUAGCAGGUUUUUCUGGUUUGUCUACUUUCCGAAAAACAAGUUGUGGUUCAUCCAUCCUUUCAAACUACACCAGCACGAACUUGAUAGCAAAUUCAACAUGGUCAUGUUAAAAUUCAUUCUCAUAGAGAAAGUUAAAUCACUUACGAACUGCAGGCCCUUAACGUUCUCCAGUAGGAAACCAAAAAAAAAUUGA